AUGGCCGAUUCAGCUGCCCCAGCGGGUUCCCCUGCCGACGGCUUGGCUCCGUCACACACAUACGUCCCUCACAAAGGCUAUGCGAACGCUGAUGGCACAGUCCCCGCCAUAGCGGGGCAAGAUGUACUUCCAGAAGAAGAAGAUGACAAUGAAGAGGACGACUACUACGAUGACAUCUUCGAAGAAGAGCUCGAUGCUGAUGACUUCAACUCGUCGAAUCCCGCUGACCUCACGAAAGCCUACAACCGUCAACGAAAAGUCAACGAGCUUGCGGCCGAUCCGAACGUACCGAAGUGGACUUACCCCAAGACGAACACGCAGAAACCUACGGUCAACACAUAUGCAUCCGUCGAUGAUCAGAUCAACUCGUUAACUCGCCAUGCGGGAAAGAUCAAGCUGGAUGAUAUGCAGUCAGGAUUGGGCGGACGUGGUAACCAAGGUGCCGACAAGGCGGACAGAGCUACCUCGGAGCAGGUGUUGGAUCCUCGCACUCGCAUGAUCCUACUGCAGAUGAUCAACCGCAACGUUGUCUCUGAGAUUCACGGAUGUCUGUCAACCGGUAAAGAAGCCAACGUAUACCACUCGAUGUUGUUCCCGGACGACAAUCUCGACGCUCCGCCGAUUCACCGCGCCAUCAAAGUAUACAAGACCAGCAUUCUCGUUUUCAAGGACAGAGAUAAAUACGUUACGGGAGAGUUCCGCUUCCGCCAGGGUUAUAACAAGAGCAACAACCGAGCAAUGGUCAAGGUGUGGGCGGAGAAGGAAAUGCGCAACCUCCGAAGAAUUCACGCUGCUGGCAUUCCUUCUCCUGAACCUAUCAACCUGCGCCUCCAUGUCCUGGUUAUGGGCUUCAUCGGAAACUCCAAGGGUAUUGCUGCGCCUCGUCUGAAGGAUGUGGAAUUUAAUAUUCCCGAUCCGGAAGCCAAGUAUCGCGAGAUCUACAUUGAGCUUCUCGGCUACAUGCGUGUGAUGUACCAGACCUGCCAUCUCGUCCACGCAGAUCUUAGCGAGUACAACACACUUUAUCACAACAACAAGCUCUACGUUAUCGAUGUCAGUCAAAGUGUUGAGCACGACCACCCGCGGAGUUUAGAAUUCCUGCGCAUGGAUAUCAAGAACGUUAGCGACUUCUUCCGCCGGAAGGGUGUCGAGACACUUUCCGAGCGCGUUGUCUUUGAGUUUAUCAUCGCCGGCAAUGGGCCAGUUACGGUCUCAGAUGAGCUGCACGAUGCGAUUGAGAAGCUCUUCACGUUGGAUGAGAGUGAGCAGACUGCAGCCGAGCGUGAAGUGGACACUGCUGUCUUCCGUCAACAAUAUAUUCCUCAGACACUAGACCAAGUCUACGACUUUGAGCGUGACGCCGAGAAGGUCCACGCAGGUGAGGGAGGCGACCUUGUUUACAAGGAUCUGCUCGCUCGCGAGAAACCUACAGCCGUCGAGGAUGCCGAGUCUGGAUCAGAUGUCAGCGGCGGUGUAUCAGUCGCAGAGUCCGACUCUGAAGGCGACGAGGACGAUGAUCCAUUCGCGGAGAAGCCUCCCCGUGGGAAACGCUUCGAAGACAAGGACACCAAGCGGGAGCAUAAGCAGAAAGUCAAGGAGGAGAAGCGCGAGAAGCGUGCUAAUAAGAUGCCAAAGCACAUGAAGAAGCGUCUCGUUUCGUCGUCGUCGAGGAAGCGCAAGUGA